AUGGAUAAGCACGUGAGGGUGGGGAGAAUUAGUAUAAACGUCGGGGCUGGCCAGGCAAGACCAAAAGACGACGACAGAGCGUCGACUCGCAAAAGCACAACUUUCACACCCCCUGAUCAUGUCACCGCUGCCGCACUCGCCCGCGGCGGCUCUACAGAGCCGACGAGGCACCCGCAGCCUUUCAACCCCACGGACAAACGUGUGCUCAUGCACAAAAGGCUGAUACGGCCGCUCGGCUUCACCAGCGGCUAUAGCUUUGCCUGCUUCGUCGUCUUUGCCGGCACCCUCAUGGGCUUCACGCUGGCCCGCGCCCAGUUCAUCGACAUACAAGGCGUCAUGUGCAGUCCCUCCACGGCAGGCGGUCCCCUGCGUCACGCGGCCCCCGGGGAGUGCUUCUACUUUGUCUCCGGGGCGACGCACGAGAGGUUCGGCAUCGUCCUGCACCUCGCGACCGUCCUGCCGGCGUCGUUCCUGGCUUGCUUCCAGCUCCUUCCCGUCCUCAGGGCCCGAGCCCCAGCGUUCCACCGGGCGAACGGGUACAUGGUGAUACUGCUGAGCCUGCUCGGGGUCGCGGGCGGGCUCAUGAUAACCGGAAACGCCUUCUCAGGUGCUCUGGUCACGCAGAUGGGGUUUGGGUUUGGAGCUGCUGCAUUUCUGGUGGCGCUGGGCAUGGGCUGGCUGAGCAUGAGGCGCAUGCGGGUCGAUCAGCACAGGGCUUGGAUGCUGCGUGCCUGGUUUUAUAGCAUGCUGGGCCGCGACCGAACAUUGUCAAAAUACCCAACAUGCAAGACGUUCUUCGAUGGCGAGGUUCCCAGCCAGCACACGCUUGUAGUGGCAAAUAUGGCUGGGGAGGUGGACAACAUCAGCGCAGCACUUGAUGCAGCCGCCGGGGCGGCCCUAUGGGUUGCGUUCGUCCUUCAUGCAGCUGGGGUAGAGAUAUAUGACGUCGGCAGCGAUACAGUCACCACAUGUAUGGUGAGCAAGGCUCGCAAGGAGUAUACGGAUUAA